AUGAAGAAGGAAAUUCCAAAAAGCCAAUCCCCACAAAGAGCUAAGAGAAGGGAUCAGCUACAUCUGCCUAAACACAGUGAGGGCUGGACAAAAGAGCAUGUCAAACUAUGGCUAACCAAUGUACUUAAACACAAGGAAUAUGGUGACAUUUUCCAUCAAGAUAUAACAGGCUCUGUUUUGAAGAUCUUGUCAAAGCAAGAUCUCAUAGCAAUGGGGAUAACUCAUGGUCCAGCAAUUCAAAUAAUGCAUGCAUUAAAUGACAAUCCUGGUGAAGGCCCUACCAAGAUUUGUGGACAAGCAUCCAGCACAGGGCUUCCUUAUUUCAAAUACUCCAGCAGAAACAAAAAUGGAAGAGAGAUUAAAGAAAGUAGCAUAGGAGAAUUAGCUGAUGCCUAUAAACCAGAAGGAUUGGUAAGACCUGAAAGCAUGGAACUCUCACAACCUAUUCAAGACUCCCAAAGAACCAUGCUUCAUCAGGAAACCAAACAAACAUGUCAAUCUCAUCCUUUUGUCAAGUUUUCCACAGCCAUUUUUAUAUACAGCAGCAUUCUGCAUAUUAUUCUUCAUAUUACUGAAACAGGGCCACUGAAUCUCAUUGAUCCAGUCCAUGAGUUUAAACUCUUAACAAAUACAGCAAAUUCCACAGAAAAGAAUUUGAAAUCAUUUUGUACUGUGUUUUUCAGAUUUGCUGCAGUAUGCAUGACCUCUCAUACUAAUGCUACUAUUCACUUAGUUAUAUGGGAUAAUCCUUAUGGGGAAAUUGUUGGAAUGAAAGUCCAAAAUAAACAGAAAUCCGUUAACUAUUUUGACACAACAAUAAAGCAGUAUUUUGGAAAUUUUGUCAUUGUUGCAAAAGAUUGCAUUAGGAAACAUAGAUUUGUGGAAGUGUUACAGCAAAGCAGUCUUGCCUCAGAAACAUUUAUUACUGAAGUUGACAUAGUUCCAAAAUAUUCUAGUUGUCUAUCUAAGUAUUUUCUUACGAACACAUAUAUCUACAGACUGAAACAUGGGAGCAAUGCUUAUUCAUAAGGGAUGAAGCUUCAUGAGAAGCAUCCAUAUGUUUAAAACAGAAUAUACAUAUUUAUAUCCAAACUCCAGAAAUUAACAAAGGACAAAAAAGAAGCUGAAGAAAUAAAGCUUAAAAAGCUGGAGAGAAAAGGAGGAAGAAAGAUUGUG